AGUAUACGAAACAAUUUGGUUUUCUAACAUUUUUUAAAGUGAACUAUUGUGUUACGGCGCUAUUAAUGUGUGUUAAUAUUUUGAACAAAAUGAAGAUCCUGGCUGUUUUAUUACUGAUAUUUGCAAUCUGUUCUUGCGAAAAUACAACGUAUACAACCAAGUACGACGAUGUGAAUUUGGAUGACGUUUUGGCAAGUGACAGAUUGCUGACUGGUUAUAUCAACUGUCUUCUAGAUAAUGGGCCUUGUACACCCGAUGCUAAGGAAUUGAGAAAAAACCUUCCUGAUGCCAUACAAAAUGACUGCAAGAAGUGUAGUGAUCGCCAACGAGAGGGUGCUGAUAAAGUGAUGCAGUUCAUCAUAGACAAUAGACCCGAAGAUUGGCAAACCUUGGAGGAAAAAUUCAAUCCUGAUGGUAGUUACAGGCUUCAGUACUUAUCGAGGAAAAACUUCUUAAACUCAACCGAGCCGUCAAUAAAUUAAUAAAAUAAUAGACAGAAAUUAAGACAAUUGUCAAUUUAAUGGUAGAAAACUGUUUUUGUAGAAUAGUAACUUAAUAAAGAGUAUUGGGACAGCA